GCUGCUUUCAGGGUAGUCUCGGCUACAGAAUCAGAAUCAGCCUGUUUUGGCAGGUUAUACCGAAGCCCAAUUCUUCUGGCACCUGCAAAUCAACCAACUUUUAAUUCAUUGCGGUACUUGGUAUCAAAUAAAUGAAGAUAUGACUACUCGAGAUGUUCUGAAAUUUGCUGUUGAACUACUGAGUGUAUAUGGAGGUUGAAAGUAACCAUCUGGGAUGGGAAUGUGGUCGUCCUGACCUCUGCUGACCUGAAUUCCUCUGACUUUUGCAGAAACGCUCGAUAUCGUUUGGGUGCACAACAUGCCAUGUUCAGAGUUGUAAGGAUCUCAGAUCAGGCAGAGACUUGCUUCUCCUCGUCAUCCGAAUCUCGAAACGUCAGAAACGAUCUUCAGUGAGGAUUGGCGCAUAGUCGAUCGAGAUUGCUUUUCGCGCUCUUGGAAGAACUCAGUUGGAAUGUUGAGCAGAACAUCUGAGCUGGACAGGAAAGAUGGCGACAGAGGAGUGUACCGAGACUCUGGAUCAGAUGGCUGACAAGAAGGUCGCUCAUCUGCACGAGAUACUCCGCAUUGGCUUCACUGAAGCCAAUGGGGAAUCGUUCCCUUCCACGAUCUUGGAAAGCUGGGGUAGUGGAUUAAGAAACUUUAAUGGGAAUGAUCGUGACAUUCACAGGUGAGAGUGUUGAUGCUAAUACUUCUAAGUGCCUCUGUCUACAUCCUCAGAGCUCCACAUUGUCUUCCUUCGACACGAACCAAGAUUUGGGAUGGGACAUCUUAUUCUUGGGGAUCAUCUCAGCAACUUCAGAGACCACGAACACUUUCAAUCUCCAGAUCCGACUCUUUUUAACAUGUCACUGUUGUUUGCGAAUCGUAUGACGUACUCCAUUAGCAUUUGCUGAUGAUAAGUGGUGCUUUCAACGUGUUGAGCUUCUUUUGAAGGACGUCCAGCUUGUCGUCUUCCAGUAUCAUCUGGUUAUGUUUGAAUGAGCACAUGACAAUCUGAGACGGCAACUAUUGGUUACUCGUGUCAGGUUAUGGGACUGUAUAUUGACUUUCAGAUAUAUCAGCGUUGUUUGUUCCUGAUUUGCUCGUCAUGGAAAGCUUUAAUCGUUAUUACCACCUCUUGAAACUUGGGUACCAUCGAAUACGGCCCAUGCCUUAAUGGAUUGUUGAUACAGGAGGCAUUAUGAAUCCUGUAUACCGUACAGGAGCUUUCUGUGUCUUGGGCGUAAUUUCAGAAAUGAAAACAUGAAUUUUGAUGGACUGAUCGGAAUCCGGUGGAAGGUCUAGAUAAUUCAGCGUUGACACUGCCUUCUGAGAGAUUGUUGAAGAGCAAAUUUCUUUAGUUCGUUCAUGACGAUGUAGCAUUCCGGAUAGCAGAUUUUCUACAAGAUUUUACACUGACCGGAGAUCAUCGUGUGAUAAUCACAUACUGGGUGACACCAAAGCUUUUCGAUGAUCUGGCGACGAGUGUAGGAAAGGUCUGGGUCGACUCGUUUCCUCUUCCUUUGAUAUUUGCUCUUACCGC